AACAAACUCAAAAAACAUACAAAUACUCUUCAGAUAUCUGCGAGAGUCUUCAUAUGUCAUUCUUCAUUCGAUCUCUUCCACGAUUACCAAAAACAUAUAAUCGCACCGUCUUCUUCCAAUCUAUAAACAAAAGAGCCUUUCAUCAAACUAUCGCAAAUAUGGGUGUCCACAAUAUUGCAACCGCAACUGAAUUCAAGUCAGCUCUUGCCGACAACCAAGUUGUUGUUCUCGAUGCCUUUGCAGUAUGGUGUGGUCCUUGCAAGGCCAUCGCUCCUAAAGUUACUCAGCUUUCGGUCGACUACCCCGCCGCCCAUUUCAUCAAAAUCGAUGUCGAUGAGUUGCCAGAGGUAUCACAAGAGCUUGGUAUCAGAGCCAUGCCUACCUUUAUAAUCUUCAAGGGAGAGAAAAAGGUCGCAGAGGUUGUAGGUGCUAACCCUGCUGCGUUGGAAAGUGCUAUUAAAAGCGCUGUUGAGGGGGUUGAGCCUAAGGCUUAGUAGGGGGUGUUUUUGAUGAUAGAGGGGUGAGGGGAUAGAAAUAGAAGAUUGAAGGGGGUAUUAUACACAUGGAUAGAACAAAGUAUCUACGGGGACAACACCGCGUGUGUUUUUUGGGUCCUGUUACGUGGGGGUUAGGAAAUGAACGUAUGAAUUGAUGGUUUAGAAAUACGUGAUUUGAAUUUAUGAUUCUUCUUGUGA